AUGAGGCAAGCAGACGAGGGGAGCAAGAUCAACGUCGGAAUCAAGCAAUGGGAGGUGGACCGCUGUCCUCGGCAUUCUCCGGACCAGCUUGUUCUCGACGGACUCUCCCUGUCCAACGUCAUUGUCGAUCUUGCGUUCUUCUCCGUCGGCUGCGGCUUCCCGCGGUCCUCAGCCAUCUACGCCGAUCAGCCACGUCUCCUCCCCCUAACCUCAACCCGUCCACGUCCUCCCGUCCCCAUCGUCGCGCCAAACACGGGCGAUCGACCGUCUGCCCGCUGGGAUCGACUCCCGACCCGACCGUCAUCUCACCCGCCCGUCGUCGCCCAUCGCCUGUCACUAUCGCCACUCUGGCCCGUCCCGCGCCUCACCGUCGCUCACCCAGCGCGUGCAUACAUCUCCCCCAUCACCUCCGCCUUCCCCACCACCUCCGCCUGCCCCACUAUUUCCGCCUUUCACUCCCCUCCGCCUUCCACUCCCGUCCAUCUCCGACCUUCCCUCCAUCUCCCUCCCCUCCUUCACAUAUUACUCUCCCUUCUUCGACUCCCCGUCCCCCUCCCCCGAUCACGCGACGCGGACGAUAUCGUAGCCUCGCCCCGUCUAGAGGAUGUCGUAAGCGGAAGAUGCGAGGGGGAGCGGGAAGAGACGUACGCAGCACAUCAAGCUCAGCGUCGACGGCGUGCGCAGACGCGACGAUCGCGGCCCUGCGAUGGCGAGGCAGUUGAGGGCGCAGAAGGUGCGGAAAUCGACGCGGGGAGGGAGAGGGAGCGCGACGCAGGGAGAGAAAGGGAAGCGACCCAGCGAGCGGGAGAGGGAGGGAGGAAGAACUGGUACGGCGACGUACAAAAGGUCACUAAUGAUGCUAAUCCCCCCCUUCGACCGACCUCUCCGUCUGUCGAGGAUGCCCGGUCCCGACACCUCCGACCUCUCCAACGUCCUCCGCGCCUUCUGCCUUCCCGACCCUCGGCGACGCCUUCCCGACCUUCGUCGACGCCUCUCCCGCCCUCGGCGACGCCUCCAUCGCCCUCGACGACAUCCUCGCCGCCCUCAAUGACAGCUCCCUCGCCUUCGACGACAGCUCCCUCGCCUUCGACAACGCCUUCCCGCCCUCGACAACGCCUUCGACUCCCUCGACGACGGCUUCCCUACCCUCGUCGACGUCCUCCGCGACCUCGGCGACAUCCUCCCCGCCCUCAACGACAGCUCCCUCGCCUUCGACAACGCCUUCCCGCCCUCGACAACGCCUUCGACUCCCUCGACGACGGCUUCCCUACCCUCGUCAACGUCCUCCGCGACCUCGGCGACAUCCUCCCCGCCCUCAACGACAGCUCCCUCGCCUUCGACAACGCCUUCCCGCCCUCGACAACGGCUUCGACUCCCUCGACGACCCCUUCGACUCCCUCGCCGACACCUCCCCCGCCCGCGACGACGUCCCCCGCGACCUCCCCGACGUCCUCCCCGACCUUCGUCGACGCCUCCAUCGCCCUCGACGAGCAUCAACUAACAGCAGGAACCGCGUCAGCAAGUCGGUGGGAGGAGGGUAGGAGGCCGCGGUGCGGUGCUUGCCUUUGA